UGGGACAAAGCCUUUUACCCCCCUACUCUCUCACUACUACUGCCUACGUAUUACUCUCUCUCUCUCUCUCUCUCAAGACGUCCUCUUCCCAUUACUCUCUCCCCUCUCUCUAGACUCCCACUUUCUCUCUCUAAAGACGACGCCCUUUUACUACGUCCCCGGUUCCCCCCCCCUCUCACUCUCUUAUCUUUCUUACUGCGUCUCUCUUUCUCUAUCUGCCCCUGCUGAAUUUUUAAUUUUGAAUCAGUCACUUUUUCCUUUUUUUAUUUGGGUUCUCAAGUUUGAGACCCCGAUAAAUCAUUUUCUCAAUUCUGGUUUUCGAGUUUGUGUCUCAAAGCUUUCGCCUUUUUGGUGCAUCCCGGUUUCUCUCUUCCUUUUCUUUUUCUGGUUUCUAGGGUUCUUACUUAUUAGGGUUUUCAUUGUUUGUUUCUGAACCCAGAGCUCGCAAAAACUCAGAAACCAGAAACCCCACAAACUUUAAGAUAUGGGGUUUCAUGUCCACCUUCUUCUUCUCGCUUCUGUAACCCUAAUCUUGCAGUUUCAGAGCUCAAUUUCACAGACUGUCUCAGCCCCAUCUCCCUCCAUUAACCAGUGCAAUGGGAUCUUCCUCUCUUAUUCAGUAGACUCCAUUACAAGGAUCUAUCCCUUCCUCUCUGACCCUUCUGCUCAACCCUAUGCCUUCUCUGCAACUGCAACAUUGAUCAACACAGGUGAAGAUGACCUAAAAUCAUGGCAAAUGUUUAUAGGGUUUAAGCACAAGGAAAUCCUCGUCUCUGCUUCUCAAGCUGUGUUAUCAGAUGGGGCAGAUUUUCCAGCAGAAGUUGGGAAUGGAACUUUCAUUAAUGGAUUUCCCCAAACUGAUUUGAAAAACGCCAUUGAUACGGCUGGUGAUGUGAACCAGAUUGAGGUGAAGGUUACCUUGACGGGAACUGAGUUUGGGGUUGCUCCUCCUGCUUUUCCCAUGCCCUCCAAUAUUAGCCUUGCUAAUGAAGGUUACAAUUGCCAAAAACCCACUGUUCAAAAUAACUUGAUGUACAUCUGUUGCGCCAAGGACCAGAAUGCCAAACCCAACAUCACCCAGGCCACCAAGUUCUCACCUCGCCAAGAUGGCGAUCUCACCAUUGAUUUUGACGUCCUUCAAUCCUACCAAUCAAAUUACUUGGCCCAAGUAGUGAUCUCUAAUGAAAACCCUCUUGGUCGCCUCGACCAUUGGAACCUCACUUGGGAUUGGAUGAGAGGUGAAUUCAUCCAAACCAUGCGAGGGGCCUACACAUUAAUUGAAGACUCAUCAGAUUGCAUUUUUGGAGAACAAGGAGCUUUCUUCCAAGGCUUAGAUUUCACAAAAGUUAUGAACUGCCAAAGAACCCCGACUAUAGUGGACCUCCCAUUAGAUAAAACGAACGAUACCAACAUUGGUUUGAUACCCUUUUGUUGUAGAAAUGGGACUCUCUUGCCGCCGCACAUGGACCCAAGCAAAUCAAAGGCUGCUUUCCAACUCCAAGUCUAUAAAAUGCCCCCUGAUCUCAACAGAACCAUGCUUUAUCCCCCUCAAAACUGGAAAAUCAGUGGAAUUCUGAACCCUGACUACAAAUGUGGGCAUCCAGUUAGAGUGGACCCUACCCUUUUCCCUGACACAAGUGGGCUUCGCUCUUUUACUUCAGCCAUUGCUAGUUGGAGAGUAGUGUGCAACAUAACUAACUCGAAAGCUACACCUCCUCGUUGUUGUGUUUCUUUUUCUUCCUUUUAUAACGAAUCGGUUAUUCCUUGCAAAACUUGUGCUUGUGGUUGUCCUUCUCCGGCAGGCCAGGCUUGUAAUGCAUCGGCUCCUGCUCUGUUUCUACCUUCUGAGGCUCUUCUUGUGCCCUUUGAAAACAGGACCCGUUCUGCCUUAGCUUGGGCUGAUCUCAAGCAUUUCCAUGUACCGAACCCACUUCCUUGUGGUGAUAAUUGUGGGGUUAGCAUCAAUUGGCAUGUCCUUUCAGAUUAUAACAAGGGUUGGAGCGCUAGAAUAACCCUUUUCAAUUGGGAUGCAACUAGUUUUGAGGACUGGUUUGUAGCUGUUGAGCUUGAUAAGGCUGUUAAUGGUUUUGAAGGUGUUUAUUCGUUUAACGGGUCGGCUGGUGUAACGGGCCUCAACAACACUAUAUUCAUGCAAGGCAAGCCUGGUUUAAAUUAUUUGAUAGCCGAGGAUUCGAAUACCAAUCCACCAAAUCCAGGGAAGCAACAAACUGUAAUUUCUUUUACGAAGAAGAACACUCCAGGGAUCAAUGUGGUUAGAGGUGAUGGUUUUCCGACCAAGUUUUUCUUUAAUGGUGAAGAGUGCUCGCUUCCAACUGUGAUUCCAUCCAGUGGGUCGGUUAUGAAGGGAAGCCUCUUGGUGGCGGUUUUGGCUGCAGCACUGACCUUUUUGUUGAUGGAUCAGUUGUGAGGAGGAGAAAGCAAUUUUAUUGACCAUAUUAUUUGGCAGGUGAUCUGAUUCUUUAGAUAACUUGGCAGGUAAUAUGAAUUGGAGGUGAAGGUUUUGGAAUUCCUUUGGUGGGUUUGUAUGUGCAUAUGGUUUUAUUGCUUUUUUCUAUGCCACCAUCUUCACUGAUUUUACAACACAAUUCAUUCUUGAAUUGCACAGUUGAGUUACUGCACUUGGGUAGUUGUUGGGUUUUGGGUUUGUGGUGGUUGGGUGGUCUCCUACUUCAUGUAUCAUGUAUUGUGUAUGAAAUUGGUUAUUGUUUUAUAUUGAUAAAUACAA